UUGAAAUUAAUGUGGUGGCUGUCCAGUAUAGUCAGUUUCAAGCUUUAAUGUGUAAAUUUUGUAUUAGAAAGCUUUUGUUGUUGUUGUUGUUGUUGGUAGUUAGAAAUGAUCAUUAGUUUCUGUUUCCUGAAGAAAAAAACUAACAAUCUGAAAAUUUUAAGUGUUCUACUUUAGCAAAGCCACAUGCUAAGCCAACCCCAAAGUGUUAUUUCCACAGCAACGACUUUUUUCUUCUUUGAACAGAAGUGGUUUAUGUUUAGGGUAUUACCAGGCACUCAGUGCGACAAGAUUUUAUGAGGCUGAAGGGUUUUCAGUACCUCGUGAUACUCUCAGAUUUAAAAUACUGGCCGAUCUCUUCUCUCAUCCUUUCCCUCAAAACCUUCGUAUUAAAAAAAGAAAAACAAUUCCAAAGACAUUUUUCUUAAUAUCCAGAUAUUGUCAGGUCAUUUGAAUAAAAACUUUCCUUUGUUCAAUGAAAAAUCACUAACAUGGGGAUAUAUACUUUAGUGGUGAAUAAACAGAAAUGCUGAUGCCAACCUGCAGAGUCCUAAUGCUGAACUCUUUCCUCGACUUAGAAAGUAUAUAUAAGAAAAAAGUGUUUAUGCACACAAGCGUAAAUUUGACAGAAAGGCAUGCAGUUAAAUAAACUACAUAUGUAGUUUGGUAUUGCUUCAAAUGCCGUGUGGUAUAUGUAGCCUGAGGAAUUUCUGAAACACAGGCCCAAGUUAAGGUGUAGAGAUAUUUCUGAUAAGAUUGAUUUAUUUGGUUAAGAAAUACUUUUCUUGAACCUAUUUUUUAAAAGUAACACUCAGUAUUACCAUAACAUGCACAUUUGAAAUGUGAGAACCGUAAGAGAUGAAAAUCUGACAGGUGCAAUUAGUGAGAUACAAAGCAAGAGGUGUUGAACCAAAACCAUCAGUUAAACAUUUUGCAUUCAGACUUAAUUCUUUGUUAGAAAGGUUGGGAAUAACAUGAAAACCAUUUUAACCUUAACAACGAAAGGAGGAUUAUUAUCACUUAAUUAUAUUUCAGUGACAAACUGCUUUCUGCAAAAUCCAGCCCACAGGACACAAACACGAUCUUGGCCACACCUUGGCAUUACUGGUUUGCAGCAUUAUUUCCCUAUCCUUUUCUGAAACCCAUUCAACAUGGAAUCAAACAAUAGCAACUCUGGCAAGAAUCCUCCUAUAUACACAAUGAAGAAAUAUUUCUGAGCUUCAUAAGUUAUAACACAAGUGUCACACUUCUUUUCACAGCAGCCAGAGGACAGGAGUUAGUUUGGUUAAAGCUCUCAGGACAUUAUAAUGGCUUUAGUAUUUAGAACUGUGGCUCAACUAGCUGGAGUUUCAUUAUCUUUGCUGGGAUGGGUUUUAUCCUGUCUUACAAACUACCUGCCACACUGGAAGAACCUCAACCUGGACUUAAAUGACAUGGAAAACUGGACCAUGGGACUCUGGCAAACCUGUGUCACCCAAGAGGAAGUGGGGAUGCAAUGCAAGGACUUUGACUCCUUCCUGGCUUUGCCUGCUGAACUCAGGGUCUCCCGGAUCUUAAUGCUUCUGUCAAACGGGCUGGGAUUUCUGGGCCUGCUGCUCUCUGGGUUUGGCCUGGACUGUGUGAGAACUGGAGAGGGUCAGAGAGAUCUCAAGAGGCGACUGCUGAUCCUGGGAGGAGUUCUGUCCUGGGCCUCGGGAAUCACAGCCCUGGUUCCUGUCUCUUGGGUUGCCCACAAGACGGUUCAGGAGUUCUGGGAUGAGAACGUCCCGGACUUUGUCCCCAGGUGGGAGUUUGGGGAGGCCCUCUUCCUGGGCUGGUCUGCUGGACUUUCUCUUCUACUGGGAGGGUGUCUGCUCAACGGUGCAGCCUGCUCCAGCCACACUCUCCUAGCUUCGGGCCACUAUGCAGUGGCGCAAAUGGAAGAUCAUCAUCAACUGGAGACAAGAAACACCAACCUGAAAAACUAAGCCGGAAAGGACAAGCGUCUGCUGUUCAGGAGAUGCUUGCUCAACACUGGAUUUGGUAGGAAGUCCCGCUCUAGUCAUCUCACUGUGCUUCUGAUUUUCGAAAAUGCAUUUUUUCCUGUGGCUAUUAAACUAUAGUUUCUUUCCAAGACUGGUAAACGAUUUUUAUCUUCUACUCUGAGAUGAAAACCAAUCAAGACUUAAUGGUAACGACACCCAUUACUGUGGAUGAGUGCUCUCAAUUUUCAAAUAGUGAUUGCAGAGAAGUGGUCAAUAAAACAUUAAUCUGUGUGUGUCUUUGAAGGUGUUAUUCAUAUGGAGCGGAAUCAUUUGGCAGAUCGUUGACUUCCUUCAGGUGUUUAAGAUGACCUAGUAUAAUAAGCCUGAGCCGCAUAUUUAUUUAAAAUGCAUGACGUCUUAUUAUAUAAAAUAAUGAUUAGCUCUUUAAAAGCUUUAGAGGUGAAAGGCGUAGACACAUCAUCUCCUGAAUCAGAGACCUCAGUGUCUCUAUGGAACCUUUUCUCAAAAGGCAGCCACGUUCAGUCAUGCCUUCUAAACUAUGUCAGAAGCAGGAGGGUGAUCUUGUGUUUUGGAUGAUUCAAGUAGACUCUGGCACACAAACGUGCUUCUGCAUCCUGUGCUCGGUAUUUCAUGGGCAGCGUUUCUGGCUUCCCUGGCACUGAGCAGUCUGUGGGGGGCAGGGCAGGGCAGGACUGUGUGUGUGUAGAGAACCUCCUGGGAUGGCUGCCUCUCCAUGGAGCACGCUGCCAGCCCAGGCGGAACGACCACAGAGCACAUACUCUGGAGCCCUUCAUUUUAUUUGCACAAUGAAAAGACUUCGUCCUUUUUUAUCAGCAAUACAUAUCGUUCCAACAAGAACUAUUCAUCACAAACUGCUGGCUUGGGGAUUUCUUCGUGAAAUAUUCUGUAUUUGCUUGGUACAUGGUUCCAGGAAACUCAUGUGUUUGUGCCAAUCAGGGAAAUAAACUGAACAAUAAACGACACUGAAAUAGACUAUUAGGCAAUAUGUAGCUUUGUUUUUUGUUUUUGUUUUUUUAAAAACCGACUGAAUUUUUUUCCACCCACAAACACAUGGAAAGUGCAGAAACCAAAGUUAAUCUAUGUGAUGUAUUUGCAUACAUUUACAAACAAGACAGAUUAAAACAGAAACAUGUUCAGAAUUUAACCUGAUUAAAUAUUAAGUUCAGUCCUGAGCUUUUGAUAUUUAAUACAAUAUAGAUAAAGCAAUAGCAAAAAAUUUUAAUUUAUUUGAUUUGCAUGCUACAGAGAUUUAGCUAAACUUUGUUCAUUUGGCUAGCAAUAUCCUUUUUGUACCUGUAACACUUAAGAUUCUGAUAUACAAAAUUGUAAUAAUAUAAUGAUAAUUCAAACUUGAGAACUAAAUAUUACAUUCUUUUUACCCUGUGCGAAUAAAUUCUACCUUUUAAAAAUAGUAUUUAUAAUAUUAAAAUUCGUAUUUGUCCAUAUGGUUUUGUGAUCAAGUUAUUAAAAUGUUUUGUCACUGUGAAUCAUUUGGGUUAGUACAAAUAUGACAAGAUUAUUAAAAGCUGCCUAUAAAUACAUAACACUAUUGCUGACUUUUAAAGUGUAGAAAAAGGAUUAUAUUAAAAUAAGUUCAUCUCUCAUGUUAGAAAUGAGGAAAUCUUGUGAAAUACAACAACCAAAAGCAUCUUGGUCACAACUGCUAACUACCAGCCUGAGACAGAUUUUAUUCUUUAAUACUUGUCUGAAACUUUUUGUAUUACAAAAAGUCAACAGCUAAUCUGAUGAAAGACUUAUAAAGCUGUAAAUAUUCCAAUAUAGUCUCUUCUGUGUCAAAUAUUUAAAAUGGCCAGAAUCAAACUAUAUAUUAAACAGAACAUAAAUAAGACUGUAAAUAAAUAAAUGAAGAAAAUAAAAUCGUACAGAACAACUACACAUAAUUCUAUAGACAUUUUCAUGGUCAAACUAAGACGCUGAAAACAGCUCACCUUCAUUCACCUCUACGUUAAAUAAACUUCUGUCUUUCACAUUGGACCUCAACAAGGGUGAACUGUAUUCUUUUUCUAGUUUUCCUUAGUCAUCUAAUAGAAUGAACUGGGCAGUCUUAAAGGACUGUACUCAGUCAAUUCACUAGGCUGGUUUUUGUUCAAAGUAGUGUCUGCCAUGUCCAGUUAUGUUUUCAAAGAAAUUUGUAUGUUAAGUGGUGGGACAU